CCCUUUUCCCUUUCUUCCAGACGACCGGAUCAAGCAAGAGAGCAUUUCGCGAAUGAACACCGGGGCAUAAUCGUCCACAGAUCAUCUUGCCGUGAUGUAAAUGUGUUCCGACGUCGAAGGAAAUCGUGAUGCCUAGGAUCUGGACUGGGUGGAACCAUUCAAGAGUGAAAGCCGCGCUCAUCUGGGUGCUCUGCUUCGCGUUGUUUCACUUUCUUUUUCGCAUGGCGUUGCACAAUUCUAUGCGGAGUCCCGUACCCACUCCGUCCUCCGGUCGUUCGUCAGGGAUUGCAACAGAUAUCCCAAUUUCUAACACAGAACGGAGGUUUAGAUUGUAUGAUCAAAUGGCAAAAGACUUGGAUGAGCAUGGGGCAGUGUUUCUUAAACACGGGGAGACCUCCCAGUCAUUGUCCCUAUCUGAACUAUUCACUUUGGUGGAUGGAGCUGUGAAACCUGUACCUAAGGUUGCAAAACCUCCUGUCCGAGCAAAUAUAUUGUACUUAAACCCAAAAUACUCGAAACCCAUAUCGGAUUCUGUACGGGAAUUAUUUGAACCAUAUUUUGAUAAAGCAAUCUGGUUUCAGAACUCUAGUUUGUAUCAUUUUAGCAUGUUCCAUGCCUCUCAUCAUAUUUCUCCUGUUCCAGCCUCUGAAGAUGAGAUUGAAGCUGAAGCUACUGCUGUGAGGGCAGUUGCAGAUACUGUAUGCCCUUUGAAGAUUGUCUUGGAUAGGGUGGUUUUGACUUCUACUGGUGUGCUUCUCGGUUGCUGGCAGGUUAUCUCAGGGACAGAUCCUAUCUCCAUUCGUGCAAAGUUGAGAACUGCACUUCCGCAUGCGCCAGAAAAGCAACUUUAUGAUGCUGCUAUUCUCCACACAUCCUUUGCGAGGCUCUUGGGUCCUCCUAAAGCCACUCCCAAGGACUUGAGUACAAAUUCAGAUCAGCUGCAAUUCUUCCAUGAGCUAGUUGCACAAUUAAAUAAGAAACUUCGAGGAUCUGAGGCAUUGGUGUCUGAGCUCUGGUAUGUUGAGGAGUAUGAUGUCUUGGCUUUAGCAGUGGAUGGAAGGAUGAAAGUCCGGAGGUUCCAGCUCGGUUGCACCGGAGCUUAGGGUGUUUUAUCUGCCACACUAGAAGUAAACAAUACAACACUGGAUAUGUAGCUCUCUGGCUUGAAAGCUCUUGAAUACUGAUCUUUCGAACAUUUCCGAGGAUUAUACUGAAAGGACGUUGAUUCACAAUGAUUUCAUAUUACCAAUUCCUUACCAUGGAUCAUGAGUGCAUCUUGCUUUUAAGA